AUGCCCCAUGAUGUAGCUUCACCGGACCACCUCUUGCCAGCCCAUGCUGUCUGCAGUGCUCCCCGUAGUGCUCCCAGCAGUGCUCUGUCCAGUGGUCUCAGUAGUAGUGCUCUGUCCAGUGGUCCCAGCAGUGCUCUGUCCAGUGGUCCCAGUAGUAGUGCUCUGUCCAGUGGUCCCAGUAGCAGUGCUCUGUCCAGUGGUCCCAGUAGUGCUCUCAGUAGUGCUCUGUCCAGUGGUCCCAGUAGUAGUGCUCUGUCCAGUGGUCCCAGUAGUGCUCUCAGUAGUGCUCUGUCCAGUGGUCCCAGUAGUAGUGCUCUGUCCAGUGGUCCCAGUAGUGCUCUCAGUAGUGCUCUGUCCAGUGAUCCCAGUAGUAGUGCUCUGUCCAGUGCUCUGUCCAGUGGUCCCAAUAGUGCUCUGUCCAGUGAUCCCAGUAGUAGUGCUCUAUCCAGUGCUCUGUCCAGUGCUCUGUCCAGUGCUCUGUCCAGUGGUCCCAGUAAAGUAGGUAGGUAG